AUGUCGGCAAGAGUCUGGAAGUUCCUAUCGAACACAAUUGGAAAAUUACAAAGUCCUAGACCUGCUCAACAAAAUGAUAAUUUGAACAAUUCGCCAUCCCUGCGCCAGAUCGAGUCCAAUCCCGACACACCGACUCGUCACGGCAAGAGCAACAAUGUAGGAGAAGAAUCUGCAAACGAGGGACUGUCAACAGAGCAGGAUGAGUCGGUGCUCGAUACACCACUGAGUAAGAAGAUCAGUAAUAUCAAAGAGAAGCUUGAGGAGGCGGUCAAACCAACUACGAAAAAUGAAGUUCAAGAUGAAGUUCCGGAGGAUGUCACGGCAGAGAAUACAGACAACAUUGAGACACAAGAGGCACCAAAGCCAACCAAAAGAUCAGGAAAUGGUAAACCAGUCGCAGUUCUACCUUCGAGACAUGGUCGUAAUAAGAGGGGAGGAUCUGCCGAGAAGGUAGAGACAUUGGCGCAUACUGAGGAACCAGUCGAAAAUACUCGCAAAACAAGGGGAAGGGGUAGACCUGCGAAGAACACAAAAACAGUGGUUCAAGAUGAAGCUAUUGCUUCUACUGCACAAGCAGAAGGUACCAGCAUGGAAGAAGAGGAAACCGCAGAAGUCGCAGAGUCAUUAGCAAAGAAUGAACCUUCAGUCGACAACUCGACGACUCGCAAACCAAGAGGAAGAGGUAGACCCUCAAAGCCGAAGGUAUAUGCAGAAAGCAACCAAUCGGAGGCUGAGAUCAUGGCAGAAGAGGUAGAGACAUCGAAUAGCAACAACAACCCAAUUGAAAACCCCAAGACCAAUCGCAGCAAUAUGAAGAGACCAUUACUUCCAAAAGUCGCAGAUCAAGUACAUGUACCCGAACCCUCCAUUGAUACACCUCCAGUCGCCAACAAUAAAAGAAGACGGGAUGUUUUGGAAUCAUCUGCUGGAAGUGAAGAGCCUGAAAUGAGUUCUUCUGCUAGUGUUUCUAAUAAACGAAGAAAGACUUCCGUAAAGCCCGAAGGACCUGGUAUCCCACCUAUAGGAACCACUCAAGAAGCCAAAGACGCGCGCAGAAAAUAUAUGGACAGAGAAAGACAACGCAGAUGCCGACAACGUAAGAAGGACAGGCAACAAGGAUUACAAGCAGUUGAGAGAGAAGUUUUAGCACAGGCCAAAGAUGAGAGAAAGAAAGCUAUGGCUCGAGAGCGUGUUCGAAGACACAGAGAUAAUCAAAGACAGAAACAAGGUGUGGAUGUUGAAACGAAGGCAUCGGGUAGACAAAGAACGAGGGAAGAGGCCCGGCAGAGGGACAGGGAACUGAUUGCUUCUGGUGGAAGAAAUGGUGCGAGCAAUUCGGUGGAGAGUGAAUCGUUUAGCGAGUGA